AUGACCGGUGACAACGGCGCUCAGAUCCGGGAGGAGGCCGCGGCAGCGACAGAAGAAGUCAACGCGGCCCUCCAGAGCUUCGUGACGAGUCCCGGGCCGUCCGGAGGUGACUUAGACAAGGGCCAACGGCGGCGCAUCAUUGAUGCGGCGAAUAAGCUCAUCAAUGCCGUCAAGGAUCCCGGUGAUGAGUGGUUUGAUGCCACGGCGCAGGUCGCGCAGCUGGGCGCGAACCGGCUCUUUUGGGAAUGGAAGGUCUAUGAUCACAUACCGACCGAAGGCAGUAUCUCAUACGGUGAACUGGCCAAGAAGGUCGACGCCGAUGUAUCUCUGAUACGACGAACUGGUGGUGUUCUCACAUCGAUGGGAAUUCUGCAACAAGUAGGCGACGACUCCGUCGCGCACACCAAGCGCUCUCGCAUCUACAUCGACGGUCACCCAGCGGGCCAAAUUGUCGGCAUGGCAUGGGAAAACGGCCUGGUACCGUACGUCCACAUGCCAGCCUACUUUGAAAAGUACGGCCGCAAGGAACCACAGACCCUCGACAACGUCCCCGGCACGUACGCGUACGGCGUGCCAGAGUACGGCUGGUACGAGAUGCUGCAACACGACCCGCCGCGGAUGCAGCGGUUCCUGCGCGCCAUGGGGCCGAUUGAGGAGAAGAUGCCCAUCUCGGGCAUCUACGACUUUGGCUGGGUUGUCGAGUACGCUCGUGAGAACAGCGACCGGCCGCUGUUUGUCGAUGUCGGCGCGGGGCGGGGCCAGUCUAUCAAGGCUAUUCAUCGCGAGAACCCCGGGCUUCCGUUGGAGAGGUGUGUGUUGCAGGAUCGUGCUGAGGUGGUUGAGGCUGUGAGGAAGCUUGAUGACGAGGAUAUGAGGUUGGUGCAGAAGCAGGUUAUUGAUUUCCACAAGGAGCAGCCUGUUAAAGGUGAGAGAACAAUGUCCUCCCUGGGCGUCAACAUGCUCCGCAUCAUCGCCGAGGCCAUGGCGGAGGACAGCCGGCUCCUGAUCCAGGAGGACGUGAUGGGGAACCCGCCGCACUACACCUCCACGAUGCUCGACUUCAUGAUGCUCACCUUUGGCGGCAAGCAGCGGUCGCUUGAGUGCUGGGCUGACAUUCUCGGGAGGGCUGGCCUCGCGAUCAAGAACGUGUCCAAGGGCCAGGGACCGUGGCGGCACCUUGCUGUGAUUGAGUGCGUCAAGGCCGAGAGGUGA